GCGCUUUAUAAACCAAAACCGCGACAUGUUAGCGCUCAUUCAACUUUAAAUAGCGCGAACGUAACGAUCUUCAAUACGUUAACAUUUUUUAUUAUUUAUUAUUUAUUUCGUUUUCGUAUCGUAUUCGCAAAUAGUUGGCAAUCGAACAGUCAAUUCGCGGUACGGACAGUGCUUGAAAUUUAUUAAUAUAGUGCGGAUGAGAAAAAAAAAUAUUUUGUCAGCCUCCGAAAAGGACAGUCGUGAUAUUUUUGUAGCCGGAUUCCAAUGAUUUUGAAAAUUAUUGGAUUAUAAAUCGUCCAAUCUGCGAGGUUAGAGCUUCUGAACGAUCCAUAUCGAAGACAUUAAAUCGCCAAGAUGCACGGCAUGUUCAAGUUUUUUUCCAAUUUUAAGGAUUUUUAUAAUGACAUAAAUGGUGCGACAUUGACCGGUGCUAUAGACGUAAUAGUCGUCGAACAGCCAGAUGGUACUUACAAUUGCUCCCCAUUCCACGUUAGAUUUGGAAAGUUGGGCGUGCUUAGGAGUAAGGAAAAAGUGGUAGAUAUAGAAAUUAAUGGGGAGCCGCAGGAGAUCCACAUGAAGUUGGGGGAGAGCGGGGAAGCGUUUUUCGUGGAAGAAAUAGAGGAAGACGAUGACGAAAUUCCUGAACAUCUCGCCACUUCCCCUAUACCAGUUUCAGAAUUUGAAAGUAUUUUCAAAAGUCAAGGAAGACGACUCAGUUUCGAAGAUUUGACUAAAAUAGAACUAGAAAAUCAGGAAAACGAAUACAUUAAAAGAAGAAACACGGCGGACAAUGAGAGUACCAAAAUGAGAGAACGCAAUUUCAUUAGACGACAACUGGUGCUGGGAAAUUUGGAAAUCGGCGAAAACUCCGCCGAAGAAAUGACGCUAUCGAUGAUGUCCGGUAAACACAGCAGCGAGGACCUGAGCAAAAGUCACAACGACAUUUCCGAGACCAUAUUUAAAAUGGAUAGUUUGGAUGUUGAUAACAGCAAGGCCGAAGAACUGAAAUCUGAAAAUGUUGCUGCUGUUGCGGCGCCGGUCAAGUCGCAGGAGGAGCCGGUCGCGGAGACCAAGAGCAGCAAAAAGCGCAGAAAACGGGUGCGUCGGAAGAACCCGACGAAGAAAUCGUCGAGUAUCAGCCAGCUAACUUCGAGCACGACCUCCGAAAAUCUGGAAACUAACGAUACCAUCACCGAUAGAAGCUCGUUGGACAGCAACGGCUCCGAUCCGGACAUUAAGGAGCUCCAAAGUAAACCAUCUAAAAAAGACUUGAAGGAUGAAGACGGAGUCAUCCGUGCGGAUAAGUCGAAUAUCAAGAAAAUCGACGCGGAUUUUCAUUUCUUCAGCGACACCGAGUUAACGAACAGCGGUAAUAUGGAAUCCAGGACGAGUUCUCCCGUUAACAUCGAAUUAGUUCAAUCGGACUCCGAAUUCGAAGUGAAAGGUCGCAAAGGUGAUCCGGUAGACGGUACGAAGAGUUGGGAAUGGGGCGGAUUUCCGAGCGUUUCCCAAACGACGUCGCCCACCAGCGACAUUGCGAGACAAGAGGAUCACAGAUCGAUGCUGAGCGGCAUGUUUUCCUUCAUGAAACAGAAACACGGCACGCAAAAUCCAUUGGAGGGCGGAAUGUAUCUGUCGGAUAUCACAUCCGGCACCGUCGAUCAAGGCGUCGCUGAAAUUUAUUUCAACACUACCAAAGACAAGAAGAACGUCGAAGUGGAUUGUGAAUCAGGAAAUGGUCCUUCGCUGACGCAAAGCCCCCACAGCGCCGACGGUUGCAAGAGCAUCGAUUCCGAUUUCGAAGAGCAACAGAAACUCGCUCAAGCGUUCUCCCAAGAUAUAUCCCUGUCGUUGUGCGGCUGGGAUCCGGAACCGAGCUGCGAACGGUUCCUCGAGAACGUCGUCAAAUUCAGCGACUUGUGCAACAAUCCCACGCUCGUCGAGAACCCCAAUUUGGUGGUCAGAAUCAAAGACAAGUACUACACGUGGAAGGUGGCGGCGCCCAUUCUCACCAGCAUCAUGGUGUACGGAAGGCCGCUGGUGCAGUCGUCCGUCGACCAGCUGGUCAACAUUCACAUGCCGUCGAGGGGCAGCCAGGAGGAAAAGGAGGGCCCCAAGCAGGAGGCGAGGAGGAGUUGGUGGAGCUGGCGGCGCAGCGGCACCUCCAGGGAGGCCACUCCGGCUCCGGAGAGUCCCGCCGACGCCGUCAAGGCGGAGGAGAGCAAGAACAACGUCGUGAUAGACAUUGCCGAAGAGAAGGAAAAAGAUAACAGUCAGCAAGAUGAUGCUCCACGAUCUCCGAGUACCAGUUCGGACAAGUACCGUAAAACUUUGAGACUGACAUCUAAGCAAAUUACGAGUCUGAACUUGCGCGACGGAAUGAACGAAGUAGAAUUCAGCGUUACGACGGCGUAUCAGGGCACCACCAGGUGCCAGUGUCACUUGUACAAGUGGAAAUGGGACGAUAAAAUCGUCGUCUCCGACAUAGACGGUACCAUAACGAAAUCGGACGUGUUGGGCCACAUUCUACCGAUAGUCGGUAAGGAUUGGGCGCAAACCGGCGUGGCUCAAUUGUUCAACAAAAUCGAAGACAACGGUUACAAGCUACUGUACCUCAGCGCCAGGGCCAUCGGCCAAGCCAGGAUUACCAGGGAUUAUUUGAAGUCUAUCAAACAGGGCGAUUUGAGCAUGCCUGACGGGCCCAUACUGUUGAAUCCGACUUCUCUAAUUACGGCUUUCCACAGGGAAGUUAUUGAGAAAAAACCGGAGCAAUUCAAGAUUUCUUGUAUGUCGGAUAUCAAAGCUCUCUUUCCCACGGAAUCUAAUCCUUUCUACGCUGGUUAUGGAAACAGGAUUAAUGAUGUUUGGGCGUACAGAGCCGUAGGAAUACCGAUCGUGAGAAUAUUCACCAUUAAUCCCAAAGGUGAAUUGAAGCACGAAUUGACGCAAACGUUCCAGUCUAGUUACUCAAACAUGAGCAUCAUAGUGGAUCAGUUGUUCCCGUCUCGUCUCGAAGCGGCCAACGAUUAUUCGCAAAACGUUUACUGGCGAGAUCCCAUCCCAACCGUAGAAGAAUUGCCGGAAUUUUAAUUGCUACCCCAUGUCAUCCAUUGCAUUUAUUCGUGUAAACCACUGUGAUUAUUUUUAAUACUGUUGUGCUUGGAUAAUCUCGAGAGUCUUGAUGAUUCAGCUUAGUCGAAAUUGUUAGAACGAGUAAUAGUUGAUACAACAUCGAUGUUUACAUUAGCGAAUAGAACAUUUUCCUCUAGGUAAUUUCAUUUAACUCAAUUGAUGAAAAGAACUUUGUUUUAUAUAUCGGAGUUCUGUGACAAGUUUACUGAUGCAAUAUUUCUGCUCUUGCGGCAUUUAUUAUUUUUUUGAAAUGUACUAUUGUUAUAAAUUGUUAGGAAACGUUGUAAUGAAACUCAAAGGAUUUGAAUAUUGUUAUUUUUGCUGGCAGUAAUUUAUUUUGUAUCAUCCUGCGAGUUUUAUUCCCGCCGAACAAUUUGUUAGUGAUCAAAAAUCACAAUAAUUUUAAUUUUACCGUUGAAAUGAAACGUUUAGAACUUUAGAAUGUACGUAGUAGUAGUCGCUUUAGCUUUUCUCCAGUAAAUCAAUAGUUUUUCCCGAGUUUUAGAUUUAAAGUUUUUGAAUUAUUAAGGCUGUUGGUAUUGUGAUAAUAUAAUUAAUUUACCAUUUACAGGUGUGUAUUCCUUUAGUCGUGUAUUUUAGGAUAUUUUUCAAUUGAUGUUGCAAAGGCUUUGCAAAUGACCUAGUUCACAUUGCCCCGUGUAAGCCGAGCGUUUUUACAAACACCUGCAAAAAUGACAAGCGCAUUUUUUUGUAUUGAGUAAAUGCGAUAAAUAUGGUAGAUCUGCUAACGUUGUAAAAUGAAAAAAAAAAUCGAACGCGAUGCGUUUAUAUCGGGUAAUUAGUUGGGCUGCACCAUUUUGGUUUUUUGUGAUAUCUUAUAGGUUUAGACGAUUUCCGUAUACAUUUUGUUAAUUUAAGUUAACGAAAUAAAUUAUUUUUCAGUUACUUACUGUAGUUUUUUU